UGCUGCAAUAGACUCUUGAGUAGUUGAUGAGUGACUUUGCAGUUCCGGGGAGUCUGGGGAGUGCAAACAACUUAUUUUCUAAACCAGGAAACUGAGCUCCCCAGGGGCCUGGAGGACACGAAGAUGUCCCUUGUCCUAGUUCCUGCUAUGGUCUCUGCUUUCCUUACUUCUCCUCCCCCUGCCCCCUUUGACUCUUUCCUUCUCAUCCUCCUCUUCCUCUUUCUCUUCCUAUUCCUCCCAUCCCUUUCCCCUCCGAAGUGAAACUGAGAGUUUCCAAUCAUGAACAAUAUCUCUAACUCCUGGGACUGCAACAUGCGACCGUGGCUGCCGCCUGGUGAAAGUCCAGCCAUAAGCGCUGUAAUGUUCUCUGCGGGAGUGUUGGGCAACCUCCUAGCACUGGCACUGCUGUUACACCGCUGGUGGAGUGGCUCUCGGAGUGACCAGGGCUCCCUUAGCUGCUUCUGUAGGACCCCCACUUCCCUGUUCCACUUGCUAGUGACUGAGUUGGUGUUCACAGAUCUCCUCGGGACCUGCCUCAUCAGUCCAGUUGUGCUGGCAUCAUACUCAAGGAAUCAGACUCUGGUAGCACUGGCGUCCGGUGGCCGAAUGUGCACCUACUUUGCUUUCGCCAUGACCUUCUUCAGCCUGGCCACUAUGCUGAUGCUCUUUGCUAUGGCUCUAGAGCGCUGCCUCUCCAUCGGCCACCCCUACUUCUACGAGCGCUGCAUCACCUGGCGUCUUGGGCUGGUGGUCCUGCCUGGGAUCUAUGUCUUUUCUCUUCUCUUUUGCUCCUUCCCACUGCUGAACAACGGGCAGUAUGUGCAGUACUGCCCUGGAACUUGGUGUUUCAUCCAGCAGGAGAAGUCCUCUUAUUUGCAGAUAUACGCCACACUAUUACUGCUUCUCAUUGUUGCAGUGUUACUCUGUAACUUAAGUGUCAUCCUUAACCUAGUCCGCAUGCACCACCGAAGAAAGAGCAGCGGUAGGGUGCCCUUCCCGGACAGAGGCAAGAGUAAUCCAGCGAGCCUCAAAAAAAGGGAGAGAAUGUCCAUGUCGGAGGAGAUAGACCACCUCAUCCUUUUGGCUGUUACGACCAUCACGUUUGUGAUCUGCUCAUUACCCUUUACGAUUUAUGCAUACUUGACUGAACCUUCCUCCAGGGAGAAAAAAUGGGAACUACAAGUACUUAGAUUUUUAUCAAUUAACUCAAUAAUUGAUCCUUGGAUCUUUGUUAUUCUUAGGCCUCCUGUUCUGAGACUGAUGCGUUCAGUACUAUACUGUCAGAUUUCAUUGAAAGCACAUGAUGCUCCACCAACAUAAUAACCUUUGUGCAUAAUGUCUAUAAAUACCACACAUCACCUGGAAAUCAACUUUGAAAUGGUUCCUUGGCGAAAUGAGAGAGUGGGGAGAAAAGAAAAGGGGAAGGAAAAAGAAAGAAGAAAGGAAGGAGAGGAAAGAAAGAGAAAGAAAAUUUUAA